UGGAGGGGGCGUGUCGCGCUGGAGGAGGAGGCGGCGGCGGCGGCGGCGCGGGCGGGUUGCGCCGCGUUGCCUCCUGUGCUGGAAUGUGCGGAUCGGGCGGCCGCGCGGCGCUGCAGCCCGGAGCCCUGCACCCGGAGACCCCAGCUCUGGCGUCCCCGCUACUCUCUCGGGCCCUGCAGUAGAUUUUGGGGGAGACAGCUGCCGGAGCAAUCCUCGCAGCGUGAGAACCACCUGCAGCCGGGCUCCCCGGGGCCUCCUUCAGCCCCCGUGGCCUUAACCCUAACUUUACUCGUUGGGUGGCUUUCCCGCCCCCCCCCUCCUGCGAACAAUUCCUGAAACUCCGUUCAACAAAGAAAAGGAAAAAGAGGACGCGCACGUGUUGCGCCCCUUCCCCCCCCUUUUGGGAGCCCCGAGCUGCUGUUAUGGCCACUCAGGUACUGGGUCAGACUGGAGGCAACGGGCUUUUUACUGGGAAUGCCAACAUCGUCAUGGCAUUGCCUAACGACAUGUACGACUUACACGACCUCUCCAAAGCUGAGCUGGCCGCACCUCAGCUGAUUAUGUUGGCAAACGUGGCCUUGACUGGGGAAGUGAAUGGUGGUUGCUGUGACUACAUGGUUGGAGAAGAAAGACAAAUGGCAGAGUUGACCACAGUAGGAGACAACAACUUCUCAGACAGUGAUGGGGAGGGACUUGAAGGGCCUCCAGGAAUAAAAAAUGAGUCAAAUAGACCUGAAAACAUGGAAUUGGGAUCUUUGGAAAUCAUCGUUGUUGAUCCUCAGACUGUGUAUGAAUCAUCUGCCCCAGAGACUUUCAGUUCUGAAAAAGACCCUCCUUCAGAGAUCCCGUAUCAGCCAGAGACCUCAGAGGACAAAUGCAAGAGCUUGAAGAGCAAGCCCUUUCGAUGCAAACCUUGUCAGUAUGAAGCGGAGUCUGAAGAAGAGUUUGUGCAUCACAUCAGAGUCCACAGCGCCAAUAAGUUCUUUGCAGUAGAAAAUGCAGAGAAACAAGCACAACAAGCCCAGACCAAGGAAUCAGAUUCUUCUGUUGCUGAAGAAGCUGACUUUUCCAAGGGGCCUAUUCGCUGCGACCGCUGUGGCUAUAAUACUAACAGAUAUGAUCACUAUUUGGCUCACUUGAAGCACCACAAUAAAGCAGGAGAGAAUGAGCGUGUCUACAAGUGCAUGCUAUGCACAUACACCACUGUAAGCGAAUAUCACUGGAAGAAACACUUGCGAAAUCAUUUUCCUAAGAAAGUCUAUACCUGCUCACAGUGCUCCUAUUUUUCAGACAGGAAAAACAAUUAUAUUCAACAUAUCCGAACACAUACUGGUGAACGCCCCUAUCAGUGUGUUAUGUGUCCCUAUUCCAGUUCGCAGAAGACACAUUUAACUAGACAUAUGCGUACUCAUUCAGGUGAGAAACCAUUUAAAUGUGAACAAUGCAAUUAUGUGGCCUCUAAUCAGCAUGAAGUAACCCGACAUGCAAGGCAGGUUCACAAUGGGCCCAAACCUCUCACCUGCCCACACUGUGACUACAAAACAGCUGAUCGUAGUAACUUCAAAAAGCAUGUAGAACUUCAUGUGAACCCACGGCAGUUUCUUUGCCCUGUAUGUGAUUAUGCUGCUUCUAAGAAGUGUAAUCUACAGUAUCAUAUCAAGUCCAGGCAUUCCGACUGUUGUGAUAUUGCAAUGGAUGUUUCCAGAGUGAAACUUAAAAAAUCCAAAAAGAGUGAGGCAGACCACUGUAGCUGUAAUAGUGUGGCCAAUGAAAAAGGUGAAAAAGAACAAACAAAAACAAAGGGAGAUAUGAUGGAAAAGAUAAAUGAAAAGAAUAUAAAAGUGGAGAAAAAAGAAAAUGCUUCAAAAGAGAAAAAGCCUUGCAGUGUAGGCCAAGUGACAACCCGAAAUCGUAAGUUGGCAACUGAAUCAAAGGAGAUAGAUGUCAAAUUGGAGAAAGGUUCAGAAAAAUCAUGUAAAAACAAGAAGGUUAAGAGAAAGAUGGAGAAUGAAGCAGCUUCUUUAAAUAGUAACCCAGUGAAUGAUCUAGAACCUGUGGUGAAAAAGAAAAAGAAAGUAGAGAGCAGACCUAAAAAGAACCAAGAAGCUGGCAAAGAUGAAGUCACAGUGGAAGAGCAUAAAAGACAGAAAGCUGGCCUGAAGAAAAAUAAAAAAAAGAAAGCUUUGAAAGGUAAACAUAGUAAAAAAACCACCAAGUCCAUUCAGGGAAAGGUGACUGAAAAUGAGCUGGUCCAUGAAAAAUCUCCUCCUUCUCCUCCUCCUCUUCCUCCUUCCCCCCCUCCUCCUCCUCUUCUUUCUUCACUUCCUCCUUCUCAAGAAGAUCCAAAGAAAAAGUCUGACAGCUCCAGUGAGGAACUGCAGAAAGAGGAGGUCCUUGUGGAAGAUGCCUUAGUUCCUGUUACUAGCCUGAUAACCGAAGAAAAGUCAAGCUCUCAGGACCCCCUGCCCACAUCAGUGCCUGCCCCAGAACCAUCGUUGGCACCAGCUCCAGACCCAGGGCCUGUACCAGCUCCUGAACCUGCACUUGAACCUGUACCAUUACCUGUGCCUACAUCGCCAGCAGAAAAUUUGGAGAAUGAAGAGAAGAAAGACCAAGAAAUGCUGCUUGAACAGAGGGAAGAAGACAAAGAAACGGCCCUUCAGAGAGCUGUAGAUGAAGAGCCAAGGAAGAGUCAGUUGGGUACCCAGGAGUCACUCAAACCAUCCUCUUGUGAGCCAGAGGAGGGUCUUCAUGAGAAAGAGUAUCAGAUGGAUGAAGUGUGUGAGAUGGAAACUGAACCGAGUCCAACCCUAGCAGAGCAUCUGGUAGACAAAGACUUGCCAGCCCAAGAGUCCCAUCCUUCACUGCCAGAGCCGCCCCCGCCACAGCCCCUGCCACAGCCUGCGCCACAGCCACAGCUGUUGCCAGAGCCUGAGUUGUCGGCUCCUCCCCCAGCAGCAGCAGCAGCAGCAGCAGCAGCAGCAGAAGAAGAAGAAGAGCAAUGUGAACCGGCUCCCCAGAUGGUACCAGCACCCACAUCGUCAGCCCCUGCUGCUGCAAGUGAAUCCCAGGAAAUUGAUGAAGAUGAGGGCAUCCACAGUCAUGAUGGAAGCGACCUGAGUGACAACAUGUCAGAGGGCAGUGAUGACUCUGGCUUGAAUGGUGCUCGAUCUGUGCAGGAAGAAACAAGUCAAAAAGCUUCCCAGGAAGAAGUAGCAGUGACAGUUAAAGGAGCAAACUUUGUUUGCAUUUUCUGUGAUAGAUCUUUUAGAAAGGAAGGAGAGUAUAGCAAACAUCUUAAUCGACAUUUAGUAAAUGUGUACUACCUUGAGGAAGCAACUAAGGAGUUAGAAUAACUAAACUCUAUUUGAAUAAGCCUACAAUUCUUUCAUCAGAUCUCUUCUGUUUUGUGGAUAAUUAUUAUAUUAGACACCUUUUUUUCAGUUCGGACUAGUAUCUGAUGAUUUGGGGUAGAUACUUUUUUCUUCAACCUUGUAUGAUAGUUUAAAACUUGCUACAACUAGUGAAUCCAAGGAAUCGUUUUUCUCUUUUCUACUCAUCUAGCACUAGUGAAAGACUAGUAGCCUUUGCAUAAAUUAUUUUUAAAGUAAGAUUUAGAAAACUAAGAUUAUACACAAACGUUCUAUUGAUCAUACAGUUAUUAGCAGUAGUUCAUUUUCUCAUUUCUAGUCUCUAGUUUUAUGGUUCCUUGUUUAGUUAGGAGGGAUAAAUCAGCAUAUUAGUAGCAAAUUACUCAGUGGUUUUCUUUGAGGAAUCUGAUGUGUCUUUCAGACAAUUAGCACUUUUAACAAAAACAGCCACAAUGCGGCUGAAAAAAUGAACAGUCAUAAUUUUAAAAAUGUUUUUGUUUCUCCCUAUAAUGGACAGUGAAUUUCGUCCACAUUUAUUAGUCUUUUUUCUUUUUUUAAUUAAAAUUUCUGAUUUGUAUAUGUCAAUCUUCAUAAAAAUAUUAUAACAAUGGUUUUUAAUUGUGGGAAGUAAAGGGGAGUGUUCUUUUUUAUUUUUGGUGGUGCUUUAAUGGCUUAAAAUGUUGCACAUUGUGUUUUUGAUUUUUUUUUUUACCUAUGCAGUGUAAUCUUUUAGAAAUAGCAUUUUUUGCUGUACAGGAACACUUUAUAUAUAUAUGUGUGUGUGUGUAUAUAUAUAUCUGCAUAUAUAUAUGCGUGUUUAUUUUGAUUGAUUUAAAAAAACUUUCAGGUUUGUUGCUUACCACAGAGCAGGUGUUUUCGUGUUCAUUUCCUUUGCUGCAGUUUAAUCUUUUUUCAUGGGGAGUCUUUUGAGUUUGCUAAAAUUAAGAAUUAUUUUUGUGUAUAUGUGCUAAUGUAUCAUUUGUGAGCAGAUGAAGCAAAUGCAGAUUCAAAUCCAUUAUAUUUUGAUUUUUACAUCUGAUGCAUAUUAGAAUCUGUGUUUCAUGUUAAUUUAUUUUUAAACGGCUGUAGUAAAUUGGCACUCCUUGGUUUUGAUUUCACAAUCAUUAUGCAAUUUGGCUGUAUAUUGUAUAUAUAUGUUUGAUAGACUUGUGAGUAAAGUGUCACAUAGCAAACAUCAAUAGAUUUUCUUUUCCCUCAGUCCGUUUUGGUACGGCUGCUUCCCAAACUGCAUAGUAUAAAUCGAAUCUUUCAAGUAAACAUUUUUUCAUGGAUGGUUAAUGUCCAUAUAGCCACCAAUCCAAAUAAGUAUAAUAUGCUGGUAAGUAGCAAACCUGGAAUUGGAAAAGAAGAGAGGGGAAUUGUCUCUUCCUUUUUCAUUCAAGUUAUACAGAGCCUUGAAAAUCCUCUAAGGUUUCAGCUGGAGUAAGAGCUGCUUGUAAAUCGGCCCCAUGUCCUUUUGAAGAGAAUGAACAGGGCAUCCAGUACAGUUUACUCUAACCUCAGGUACCAUCCAGAUAGACACUCUGAGGACACAUUACUAGUUCCAGUGCUGUGUGCCCUGGCUUGCCCCCCUGCAGCAGCCUGCUGGUGGGAUGUGGAUGGGGAAACAAACCACUCAGAUUCACAAUGGGCAGUAGACAGUAGAAGGGAAGUCUCUUUUCAGGAUAGAGUGUCUUCUUCUUAAUGGCCCUUUUUUGUAGGUUCUUUGGCUAACUGUCAAAGACCAGAAGUAAUUUUGACUUAAAGGUUUGUUUUGUUGGAAUUGAAAAGUUUUCAGAGCAAAUGACAUAGAUUUGAGCACAGUAGGGGAGGGGAAAAAAAAACAAACCCUGAGAAAUCCUAAUCUUGCAUUUCUGGAAUAGUCACUUUAAUGUUUAGGUUCUCUUCUUUAAACAUGGGACCUGAUCAUGGAAUGAGUUUUGGCCAUAUUUUGGUCAUGUUCCUAAAUGUGUAGCAGUACAACUUGAAUGAAUGGGGAAGCUGGAGGGGGGAGGGGGGCGUAGAGGACAGGGACACAUGACGAGGGAUGCUUCUUUUGGCAGUGAUCUGAGAAUGAGUUUUAGAUUAAAGGGUGUGGAACUUGGUAUCGGUAUCAGGAGGCCAAAGAUUGAAGGAAGCAGAAAAAUCUCAUGGCAGGAGUAAGUUGUGUGAUGUAGCAUGUGUUCUGUGUGCAUGAAUGGAUAUGAUUCAAUGGUGUUGAAUACUAGGCUCUGACAAUCAUUGUCAACAUAAGAUCAAGUUGCAACUAUAUUUAUGUUUAAAACUUUUUAAUAAUGAAACUAGUUAUGUCUUCCUUUAAAAAAACACCUAGUUUUAAUAUUCAUGAGUACAUUUUAUUGGGUUUCUUUUUAUAGUAUAUGAAUAUAAAAAAUUGCCAUCUUUUGGUAAUUAUUUAGCAGAGACCUAUAGAAACCUUAGUUCUGGAAAGAGGUUUUAUUAGGACCCUUCACAUCUCUUAAGCAAGAAAAUUUGCCAUCUACAGAUGUUGAAGAGCUUUAGUAAUAUUCUAAUCCAGUUUUAAGACUAGUCUGAAAAACAAAGUUAAAUGUAACAGAAAUUAACAAAUAACUCGAUCAUUAAAUUGAUCAAGACCUAUGUUGCUGCAAGAUAACUUUUUGUUUUCCUGGGUAGUAGGCUGAACUUUAGGCCUUUCUCCCAGCAAGCAAGGACUUUGUGACAGUCAGGCCUAUAUUAGGUACUGUCCUUUAUUGCUAUGUAUUUUUGCUUAUCGAUUUAAAGUAAAUCAGUAAUUCCAAAUACAGAUUUCCAGUAAAUAGAAAUUUUAUUUGGAAUAGGUAGUAUUUGCAUGAAAAUGUCUCAUCUUUCAGUUUUUUACUUGGAUAGAAGUGAAGCUAGAAUUUUUGGCAGUAUAUUAAGAGAAAGUAACAAGAAAAUAACAUUCUAUUCAUAUGUGUAAGUUGACACUUAUGUAUUAUUGGUAACAAACUACCGAAAUACUAUAGUGUGUGACCCUAAUUAACUUAUACAGUUGGUCUUCUAAAAUAUGUAUUUCCUUUGCCCUUUAAACUUAAGUACCAUAUUGGUUCUUCCCCCCCCAUCCCAUCCCCAGUAUUUUCAAUUUAUUUUUUAGUUCUAUUUUUAUUUUCCAGUCAUAGGUGCUUCUUUUUCUAGAGGCUUGUUGAUGAUGCCUCUUGUAGAUAUAAAUCUGCUCUUGUCUUUCAUGCUUGGCCCAUUUCUGGAGCCACUUCUCAGUUUGAACUAUGUUGGGGGGAAGAUAUAUUAAUUGACUUUUGGAAGUCCAUAACUUUACACAGAAGCAACCCCCAUAGCAUAUUGGCCCUGUGUGUUUUGAAUGAGGAAUUUGAAACUUGCUGUUAGUGUAGUUCUCAAUUCUGGACAGAGGCUCAAAGGCUGAAGUUUUUCUUUUUUUUUUAUAUAAACUGCAAAACGGUGAAAACUUGACAGCCUAUGUGUUGUCACCUUGCUGACCUCAGCAGAAUAACUGAGCUUAUAGUGUUACUCAAAUUCAAGGAAUUCCUUGAGUAUUGGUUUGUGUAGAUCCACAGUCUACAUGCAAUAUUAACCGAAUUCAGAUAGCUAAUGCAGUUGUUUCACAUGUACAUAUGCUUUGUUUUUGUAAGACUACACUAGUUAUUGAACUUUUGUAAGCUGGCACCGAAACAUUUUUUAUAAUGUUCUGUUGCACCAUGUUUGAAGCUUUUACAGUGCAAUAAAUGUAUUAUUUUCUGAAGUAAACCAAAGGUAAAUCUCUCAUGGUUCUUGCUGCCUGCUAGAGCAGCACUUGAGGAUCUUUUAUACAUUUGUAAUAGAUGAAAAAUAAACCAGAUUUCAAAUCCUGUUUGGGUUUUUUUUGUUUUGUUUUGUUUUUAAACCUAAACCAUGUACAAGUCUUUGGUCCAAAUUGUAGUGUAAAGUUAAACUAAAUUGCAUUAUAUUAACCCAUAUGAGUGUAUUUCCCUAAGUAUAGUUAUGUUGAAAUAAACUUUAUUAAAAAGUG